AUUCCCAAUUAUCCCUAAUUUGUUCAUUUGUUCAUACGUACGCGAAGAAGCAACGAUCUAAACCUCCGAUCGUCCCAAUCAUCCCAGUUCCUCAAAUCGUCCCAAUUUCUUCAAAUCAAACACUCCUGCGCCAAAUCCCAAUCAUUCUCCAAUCUCCAAUUUCAUUCGGUUUCAUUCUCCAAACCCUAGACGGCCGACGACCCUGCAGAACGCUUAAUCGCCUCCAAAUCUCUUCGUUUUCAUUCGGUAAAGGGGUGGAGCUGUUUUCUGUGUUAGGCGGUGGUUGCUGCUCCUGCGUGUUGACUGCUGCUGUGCAGGGGCUGGUGUUGCUGUUUUUUGGUGUUGUCAUCUUUGUUUGAAGUUAGAAGGUUCAAUCACGGUCUCAUCUACAGGUACCGAUUCUAUUUCAAAACAUAUAUAGAAGCUAUAAACUUAGAUGCAAUGCAAUAACAGUGAGUUUCUACUAGUGGAGUGGCAGAUUUUUUGCAAGAAGUGACAUCAAGGAAAGAUCAAGAGCAAUACUGGGAACACAAGGAUCAGCCUUAUAGAUUUGUCACAGCUGAAGAGUUUUCUGAGGCAUUUCAAUCAUUUCAUGUUGGCAUAAGACUUGGUGAUGAACUUGGUACUGAAUUUGACAAGUCUCAGAGCCAUCCAUCUUCCUUGACAACCAAGAAAUAUGGAGUAGGAAAAUGGGAACUGUAUAAAGCUUGCUCAUCAAGAGAAUUUUUACUUAUGAAGCGCAAUUCAUUUGUCUACAUUUUCAAGCUUUGCCAAGUCCUAUUGAACUCUCUGCAUGUACUUCCAAGUAGAAAACAACAUUUAAAUAUUCUCAGGAAUGUUAGUGGAAUAAUAAAGCCUUCAAGAAUGACAUUGCUUUUGGGCCCUCCAAGUUCUGGAAAAACCACACUCCUGUUGGCCUUGGCUGGAAAACUUGAUCCAAAAUUGAAGUUUUAUGGAAAGGUGACUUAUAAUGGUCAUGAGAUGAAUGAGUUUGUGCCUCAAAGAACUGCUGCUUAUGUGGAUCAGCAUGAUCUUCACAUAGGAGAAAUGACUGUUAGAGAAACUUUGGCCUUCUCAGCAAGAGUCCAAGGAGUCGGGCCUCGUUAUGACUUGCUAGCCGAAUUGUCCAGAAGAGAAAAAGAUGCAAAUAUCAAGCCUGAUCCAGAUAUUGAUGUGUACAUGAAGGCUAUAGCAACUGAAGGCCAGAAGACAAAUUUGAUUACAGAUUAUGUCCUAAGGGUUUUGGGACUAGAGGGCAUUGAAACAUGUUCAGUUUAAUCGAGCUGCUCAUAUACUAAAUUCAGUUACGAAUUUCAUUGGAAAGAGGAAUGCAGUCUGGAAAAUUGGGAAUAGGAUAUUCAAUGUAUUGUAGUAGGAAGGGAAUGGGGUGUGGCUUAUUUGGUGGCCAGCCUUAUGGCUGGUUCUUUACAAGGUUACAUUAGAGUUAUAAUGCCUAGUUUUACAACUAAGGUUAUAUGUUAUACGGAUAGUUUUUUCAACUGCGAUGAUUGAAAAAAUUGCUUAAAUUAUUCAAAAGUCAUGUAUCAUGGAUAUAUUACUUCUUUAAUUUGUUCUUUGUGUUUUUUGGAUUUACCCCUA